AUGGAGCUACAAUCCACCGCUUACUCAGCCACCUUACCUGUGAUAAUUUCUCGUUGAUUUUUCUCCACCAACCAUAAAGACAUUGGCACCCUUUAUUUAGUAUUUGGUGCUUGAGCUGGUAUAGUAGGUACUGCUCUUAGCCUCCUUAUUCGGACUGAACUCAGUCAACCAGGUGCUCUUCUUGGAGAUGACCAAAUCUACAACGUCACCGUGACUGCCCAUGCUUUCGUAAUAAUCUUUUUUAUAGUAAUACCAAUUAUAAUUGGGGGUUUUGGAAACUGACUUAUUCCUUUAAUAAUUGGUGCCCCUGAUAUAGCAUUUCCUCGUAUAAAUAAUAUAAGCUUCUGACUUUUACCCCCAGCUUUCCUUCUUUUACUUGCAUCCGCAGCUGUGGAAGCUGGAGCUGGUACAGGAUGAACAGUUUACCCCCCCUUAGCCGGCAACCUUGCCCAUGCCGGAGCUUCUGUUGACUUAACUAUUUUUUCUCUUCACCUGGCUGGUGUCUCAUCAAUUCUAGGGGCUAUCAACUUUAUUACCACUAUUAUUAAUAUGAAACCCCCUGCAAUUACACAAUACCAGACCCCUUUAUUUGUAUGAGCCGUUCUAAUUACAGCCGUACUUCUUUUAUUAUCCCUUCCUGUAUUAGCAGCUGGCAUUACCAUACUGCUCACUGACCGGAAUCUAAACACGACUUUCUUUGACCCCGCUGGAGGUGGAGACCCGAUCCUCUACCAACAUCUAUUCUGGUUCUUUGGUCACCCUGAAGUGUACAUUCUUAUCCUCCCCGGGUUCGGCCUUAUCUCACACAUUGUUGCCUAUUAUGCAGGUAAGAAAGAACCCUUUGGGUAUAUAGGAAUAGUUUGAGCAAUAUUAGCCAUCGGUCUUCUUGGAUUCAUUGUCUGAGCCCACCAUAUAUUCACAGUUGGGAUGGAUGUAGAUACCCGAGGUUAUUUUACUUCUGCUACAAUAAUUAUUGCUAUCCCCACAGGCGUGAAGGUGUUCAGCUGACUGGCCACUUUACAUGGCGGUUCAAUUAAAUGAGAGGCCCCUUUACUAUGAGCUCUUGGAUUUAUUUUCUUAUUCACUGUCGGAGGCUUAACAGGGAUCAUUUUAGCAAACUCUUCUUUAGAUAUCGUCCUCCACGACACAUACUAUGUAGUUGCUCACUUCCAUUAUGUCCUCUCCAUAGGGGCUGUAUUUGCAAUUAUAGGAGGUUUUGUGCACUGGUUUCCUCUAUUCACAGGCUACACCCUCCACGGAGGAUGAACUAAAGUACACUUCACAGUUAUAUUUACAGGUGUAAAUCUUACAUUUUUCCCACAACACUUCUUAGGCUUAGCUGGGAUACCACGUCGAUACUCAGACUACCCCGACGCCUACACCCUCUGAAACACAGUCUCCUCAAUUGGCUCACUAGUCUCACUUGUAGCAGUAAUUAUAUUCCUCUUUAUUAUCUGAGAAGCAUUUGCUGCUAAACGAGAAGUACAGUUUAUUCAACUCACAUCUACUAAUGUAGAAUGGCUGCACGGAUGCCCUCCCCCUUAUCACACAUUUGAAGAACCUGCUUUCGUCCGGGCUCUUCCACACAACGAGAAAGGAAGGAAUCGAACCUCCGUAAAAUAGUUUCAAGCCACUUACAUUACCACUAUGAUACUUUCUUAUAUAAGAUGUUAGUAAAAUAUUACACUACCUUGUCAAGGUAGAAUUGUGAGAUAAACCCUCGCACACCUUAGCAAUGGCCCACCCCUCCCAAAUAGGCUUCCAAGACGCAGUAUCCCCCGUAAUGGAGGAAAUACUCUACUUUCAUGACCAUGCUUUAAUAGUCGUCUUUUUAAUUAGUACAGUUGUGCUUUAUAUCAUUGUUUUAACGGUCUCAACUAAAUUAACCAAUAAACUUCUAAUUGACUCUCAGGAGAUUGAAGUUAUUUGAACAGUGCUCCCUGCAAUUAUCCUACUCUUAAUUGCAUUACCUUCUUUACGAAUUCUUUAUCUUAUAGAUGAGGUAUCUAGCCCUUAUCUUACAGUUAAAGCAUUAGGACAUCAGUGAUACUGAAGUUAUGAAUAUACUGAUUAUGAAAAUCUGACUUUCGACUCUUAUAUAAUCCCAACUCAAGACUUAACACCUGCUCAGUUCCGCCUUCUUGAAGCAGACCAUCGAAUAGUCGUACCAUUAGAAUCCCCGAUUCGAGUUUUAGUCACUGCAGAUGAUGUACUUCACUCAUGAACAGUCCCUUCCUUAGGUGUUAAAAUAGACGCUGUACCAGGCCGCCUAAACCAAACAACAUUUACCUCCCUUCGUCCCGGUGUGUUUUAUGGACAAUGCUCCGAAAUCUGCGGGGCUAACCAUAGCUUUAUACCUAUUGUUGUAGAGGCUGUGCCCUUAAAACAUUUUGAAAACUGAUCUUCUUUAAUACUACAGGACGCCU